AUGGCUUGCAGGUCCUGCAGACCGGUGGUGGGCACCUGGGCCCUCCACUAUGGAGCAGCCGGCACCACGGACCCUAACAAACCCAAGCGCAACAGCACGCGCCUAGGAACCCGGGGCUCCGCCCGGCCUCGCCGGCUCUGUCCUCAGAAUAAACAGGAACUGGGCUCAAACCCUGGCCAUCGUGUGACCUUGGCCGUGUCCCGGGCUGCGGGCCUCAGUUUCCUGGUCUUUGCGACCCCGAGACAGGAGGCGUCGGAGGCGGAGCAAAAGCGGGGCUUCCUGGAGAGCCCGCGUUGCGGGCCGGACUUCCGGGAGCCCGCCCCGGCCACUCUGGGGGGCUUGUAUCGCCUCAACCCCCGGCCUCUAUUCGACCCUGGGCCCGCCGGGCCUUGGCUCUCCGCCUCGACUCCUCCUCGCCUCGGCCCCCGGCCCGGCCGCCUCACGUCGGCUCUCACCUCGCCCCUCGCCCGGCCUGGCCUCACCUCGGCCCCUGUCUCGGCCCUCACCGCCCCGGCUCAGCCUCGCGCCGGGCCUCAACUCGGCCCCCGCCCCCGCCUCGGCCCCAGCCCAGCCUCACCCUCGGAGGCCGCGGCGCAGAUGCUGCUCGGAGGCAGGCGUUGGUUUCGCUCCCACAAGAUGGCGGCUCUGACGGCGGCCACGUCAGUGCCUGUUGCCGCGGGGGACGCUGGGGAACGGGGCAGUCCCCUCCGCGGUCCCACCCACUCUCCCUUUGCGGUGCGCACGCGCAGACUCUGUGCGGGAGCGCGCCCAGCCCAGGCGGAGUCCGGCUGCGCCUGCGCGCGCCUGUCGGUAAUCUGCCCCGGGGGGGUGAGUUCUCAAGCCCAUUUGGCAGAUGCAGAGACUGAGUCCCAGGCGGGCUCUGUGGUCCCGGGGCGGCCGUUCUGGAUGCCAGCUCCCGUCUCCAGCCUCAGCCCCGGUGACCGCAGGGACCCACGCUGUCCUGUGCGCGGUCGUGGAGCGACCUGGAGAAGCAAGAGUCAAGCUCAAAUGGAGAAGGCAUCUAGUAGCACGGGUGGAGCUGGGCAGGGAACAGUGCUGCCCUGGGGUGCCACCUAA